AUGCUAAGCAUUGAUAACGACAACAAUUUGCUUAUUCUUUCAUCGCUGGACAAAAACAAUAGUGAACUUUUAUUAGAACAGUUAUCUCUUGAUGACUAUCAAAAUGGAUUCAUCUCUAAAAAUAUCAAAAUCGAUAGAGAAAUGCAAAAUUGUCAACAGUUAUCAUCAUUUGUUUAUUGUUGCGUUAUUACAGAAAAUAGUGAUUCUUUAGCUGUCAAAGAUUCUAAAGCUUUUUUUGAUCAUUUUUAUGAAGAAAAUAUGCUUAUGACUGAUAGCUGGCAAACUUUAUCGAAUGAUGAGACGGUUGUAAUUUUACAAAGUACAAUUGGAGGAUGCAGCGUACUUGAUACCAAAAAUGCCGUCUUCGCUGAAGCUGUAGAUCAGAAAAUCUAUGUCAAAAAUAUUUUUUAUAGUGCGAUGAAAAUAUCAGAAGACGAAAGUAAUGCAUUCUUGAAGCCUGUAGCAUACUUCUUUGGAAUGGAUAAUUCUGAUGAAUUGAUUGAACUUGCACAAGAUGGAUACAAAUUUCACAUUUGUGAAUAUCUUCGGGCAUCGGAACAUCGCUACUUUUUACAAGAAUGUUAUGAAGCAGGGUUUAUGAAAUUCGAAAGCUUUUCUCACAUUAAAUUUUGUGCUAAUCCAAUUUAUCAAGCCAUAAUUCAGUUUAGCAACGUGCAUACAAAUAUGAAAUGGCAGUUGCAGGUGACUUAUACUCCUACUUACGGUAUAACAGAUGAUAAUAUUUAUAUGAUUGAUUCUGUAGACUUCGUUCUUGACAAACAGGUAGCAAUGAGUUGUUCACCAUCGAAUAUUGACAUAUAUGUGGUUUCAAACGGUGUGCUAUUGCAUUAUAUGAUUGAUUUACCAAAAGCUGAUGGUGAAACGUUGAUAGGUAAUUACUUUUGA